CAAGCACUGCAAGAUCUCUGUCCUGUCUCUGAGUUUUCCAGCUAAUGGCCUCGACUCUUUUUUUGACUGAGCUCUUUUGGCCUCACGUUUGCCAGCUUCUUUUCUCACUGUUGUGGCUAAGAAGGGGGCCAGCCGACGCUUUGUGAGCCACAAAGAGGAGAAGUGAACACUUUUGGAAUUUUUCUAGUGCAAAAACAUUUGCAGCACUUUUUUAGCAUGUUGCUCUGAAGCGCUGCUGUGGGACCAGACGGUGCUCAAGAGGAAGAGGAGGAACAGCUACCCAGCAGCUCUGGUUUCCAACCUCUGCAGCACCCUUUGUGUAUGACAAUUCAUUUUGAGCGCAGGACGGCUGGGGAGGGUGGGGAGUGGGGAAGGAUGAGCGCAAACAGCCCCUCUUGGGACCAGGUUAUUCUCCAGCCUCCUGUGUGUGAUGCCUGGAAGGAGAUUAUGGAGGAAGCAGCCUACCAGCUGGCCAGCUGCAUUGUCCUCCUGGGUUACAUGGGGGGAAGUGGCAUCUUUGGGUCCCUCUAUAUAUUUGGCCUCCUGGCCCCAGGCUACUUCUGCUAUGCUCUGUGGGGCUGGCUGAGCGCUUGUGGGCUGGAUAUCUUCAUCUGGAACAUGCUGCUGGUCCUCGCCUGCUUGCUUCAGCUGGCUCACCUGGCUUACCGGCUCCGCAGAAACACCAUCCCAGAAGAGUUUGACCUCCUCUACAAGACCAUGUACCUGCCCUUGCAGGUGCCCCUGGAAGUCUACAAAGAAAUCGUGAAGUGCUGUGAAGAGCAGGUGCAGUCGCUAGUCAGAGACCAGAAUUAUGCAGUGGAAGGCAAGACGCCCAUUGACCGCCUCUCGUUGCUGCUGUCGGGCAGGAUCCGAGUGUGCCAGGAUGGACAAUUCCUUCAUUACGUCUUUCCAUACCAGUUCUUGGACUCUCCAGAAUGGGAGUCACUGCGACCCUCUGAGGAAGGAACUUUCCAGGUCACGCUGACAGCCGAGACCGACUGCAGCUACAUCACCUGGCCGAGGAAAAAGCUGUACCUCCUCCUGAGGAAGGACCGCUACAUCGCCCGGCUCUUCUCCUCCCAUCUGGGCUAUGACAUCUCAGAGAAGCUCUACUCCCUCAACGAGAAGCUCUUUGCCAAGUUUGGCCUCCGCUUCGACAUCCGCUUGCCCAGCCUCUACCAUGUCCUCGGGCCAGCCUCCUCUGAGGGGGAGCUGGAGGACUGUGAGGAGCUGAUGCCCGGUUCUGGCCAGGCCAGCGUCUCUGAGCCACCACCACAGCCGCCACCACCGCCACCGCCGGCUCCACGCCCCCGGGCAUCCCGGCCCGACAGUGACCUGCUGGCCUCUGAAAACCAUCUCCAGAGUUCUCACCCUCUCUGCAAAGGACGAGCCCCUCUGGCUCCCACUCAGACCCCCGAACUCUAGGGAACAACAGGCUGUUUUGAUCCCAAAGCCCCUCCAAGGGAGCAGAUGCUCACACAGGUUUUUGACCAGAGACACUCUUUAGCAUGCAGAGACGUCUGCCAGCAGAUAUCUACACUCAGGAGCACAUGAAGCACAUGCUUAAGACUGCAGUGUGACACUCCAGCACCUCUCACCCCAUGGCUGUUCACCAGAGCUGCCUUCCCCAGCCUGCUCUCUGAGGUUGUCAGCAGCUCUGUCACCAAAGUGCACAAAUAUCCUGCAAGCAAUACAAGCCUGCUUGCAGAAUCUGUGUUCCCUUUGAUUCAGUGAUUCCCAUUAAAGUCAGAGAUGAAACUAUUGGUGUUUGAGGAUUUGAAGAGGUGGAGGGAGGGAGGAUUUGAAGAGGGAGAUCACUUGAGGUGAUCUCAAGGCACAGAGUGGAUAGGGCAAGGGGAAAUGGGCCACCUGACAGCUUUGGUAAAGGGCUUACAAUGGAGAGUUUGAUGAUAUGCAUCUCACUAGUAAGAUCAGAAAUUACUUUUCCAGGAGUUAGGAUUUCUCAUUAAUGACAAGCACAGCUUCUUAAAGGAGCUGGUGAAAAAAGACUUUUGGUUUCUUGUUUGCAUUGAUUAUUGAAAUAAAAAAGGGAAGAAAUUGAGAUUUGGAACAGAUGUAGGCAAGAACCUUUUUCUUCGUGCACUCAAGGGGGCGUGACCUCAGGGUGCACAAACAGCGAAUGAAGGAAGGAAUGGAUACAAAACAUCUGUGAAGAGAGCAGCCAUUGGUAGGAAGUACAAUGCCUCAAUGAAAAUAAUGUAGAGAUGGAAGGCUUCUUCCAAGUUCAGCUGCAACAGGAUUUGUCUCAUGAGCUUUCCCAGCCAUUUCCUCAGUCAGGGAAUUGGAAGUACCUGUGGAGGAGCCCUCUGUCUCACAGAGCCUGGUUCAUGCAAGUUGGGAAUGGGAGUAGGAGCCUCUCCAGGGCAGG